GUGCAGGAGGGGUCCGCGCGUCCCCCUUCAGCCGUGGCUUGCGAGGAUUGCAGCUGCAGGGACGAGAAGGUGGCGCCGCUGGCUCCUUGACGUGCUCAGGGGCCUCAGGUAUCAGCCCCAGCUCUGGGUGCGCUCCGCCUUUUGCCGUUGUCAUGGGAACGCCUUGGCGCUCCGAGGCCCGCCUUCGGGGCGGUGCUGACGUUCGGUUCCGCCCCGUGCAUUGUGCUUCCGCUCGGGGAAAGACCGCUUCCGGUGCUUCCGUCGCUCCUUGCCGGGCAUAAUGGCCGCGCAGCGACCCCUGCGGGUCCUGUGCCUGGCGGGCUUCCGGCAGAGCGAGCGGGGCUUCCGUGAGAAGACCGGGGCGCUGAGGAAGGCGCUGCGGGGUCGCGCCGAGCUCGUGUGCCUCAGCGGCCCGCACCCGGUCCCCGACCCCCCGGGCCCCGAGGGCGCCAGAUCAGACUUCGGGUCCUGCCCUCCGGAGGAGCAGCCUCGAGGCUGGUGGUUUUCAGAGCAGGAGGCCGACGUUUUCUCCGCAUUGGAAGAGCCCGCCGUAUGCAGGGGCCUGGAGGAAUCACUGGGGAUGGUGGCACAGGCACUGAACAGGCUGGGGCCUUUUGACGGCCUUCUUGGUUUCAGCCAAGGGGCUGCGCUAGCAGCCCUUGUGUGUGCCCUGGGCCAGGCAGGCGAUCCCCGCUUCCCCUUGCCACGGUUUAUCAUCUUGGUGUCUGGUUUCUGUCCCCGGGGCAUUGGGUUCAAGGAAUCCAUCCUGCAAAGGCCCUUGUCAUUGCCUUCGCUCCAUGUUUUUGGGGACACUGACAAAGUCAUCCCCUCUCAGGAGAGUAUGCAACUGGCCAGCCAAUUUCCCGGAGCCAUCACCCUCACCCACUCUGGUGGCCACUUCAUUCCAGCAGCUGCACCCCAGCGUCAGGCCUACCUCAAGUUCUUGGACCAGUUUGCAGAGUGAAAGAUCAAGAAAUGUCUCUGUUCCUACAUCCAGCUCCUCUAGGGGCAGCCUCCGUCAUCCAUGCCCUCCCAGGACCCUCCACUCACUGCUGUGAGUGCGCCUCACCAGAACCAGUUAAGAGACAACUAUCAAUUCUUGAGACCCAAAUUAUAAGGGCCCUGCCCUGUACUGAAGAAAAGGGGAGCACAAGGCCUUAAUGGACAUUGACCUGUGAAAACGCAAACAUGAAUAUGGUUGGAGAGCCCUGGAUUAGGAGGCUGACAUGGGGAAGGCAGAGGCUGGCACCAUGGUGACUGCCACAUAAUAAAGUGGUGAUUUGGA